AUGACAGAUAUGGCAAGACAAGAGGCUCAAUUUUUUGCUCUGUUCGCGACAUUGCUACUACUUUUCCUGCAAGUGCGCACCCAGGCGAUGCUGCUUGAAAGUAAUCUAAUGUCAACAGAAUGUUUACCUGAUCAGGUCGCAUCAUGUCGGAUGAACUGUCCAAGGCAGUUUCAAGAUACCCAGCGUUAUCUCUGUCCAUGCUACAGCAUGCUGGGCCAGUGUCUAGUACGAAUUGGCUGUAGUCUCAAACAGCGCUUGGAUGUGGCUGCCUUUUGCUCAAGAAAGGGAUACUGCAAGGACGGCUACUGCAUAUUUCGUGCUGGAGACCUCAUUCCGCGCCCUGAGGUUUAUGACGUGCCUGCAGUGGAGACACCUGGCACGCCUUGCAUUGAUAACUGCUGCCCUACAUGGACGAAUUGCUCUCAAGACCUCAAGAUGCUAGCAGUGCGUGAUCCUGGGCGAGUCUUUCGAAAGCAGGAGGUAUUGCUUCCGCCUCGAGAGGGUGAUCCUAGGUUAGGAGUGAAUCAAAAUUAUGACCGCAUGCCGUACAGCAUUCCGCUCCUGAAUAUCCCAUAG